AUGACAGCUACGGCACAUACACAGCUUUUCCAGCAGUCCAGCACCCUCUCUUCGUACCCCGCAUCGCUUCCCCUCCCUCCCCUCCGUCGUCUCGUCCCGCUUUCCCCUCACACGCUCGAGGCGACCACCAAGCCGGGCGACUUGCUCGGUGAGGCUGCCGACGUCUCGUUGAUCGUCAACCUGCCAUCUUCCACCUCACCCAACGCAAACACGCACGACCGCUCUGCGAUUCCGCUCAGUGACCCAACGGUGGCGGCGAGUCGGCGGAGGACCCCGAGGGGCAUGUCGAAGGAGGGCGCGGUAGUCGAGUCGGCGAAGCUGAACGAACCGACUGUGAUAGGCAGAAGCUUUAGGGAACAGAGGCGAGCGGCCGCAACCUGCUCGAAGCGCAACCUCCUCCCUCAUCCGCUGAUCUACACCCGCGCAUUCGUCUCGCUCUUCAUCUCCUCCCCUCUCAACUACAGUACCGGCUCUCCCUCACGCGCCUACAAGCGUGCUCAGGCGUUGAGGCGGCGUGAGCGAGCGAAGGAGAAGAGGAAGCUGGAGACCGAGACGAGGAGGGUGGCGUCGAUGGCGAGGAGGGCGAAGCAGGAGGAGAGCGAGGGCGGAGCGGCCGGUGGAGCGUCAAGGGGGUUUGCUGACGCGACUGUUGACGGCGUCGUUGGCGGAUUGGGCAGAGGGAGGGUUAGGAAGGUCGAGGUGGUUGCAAAGGAAGUCGUCGGCGAGAAGGAGAAGGCGUCGAGCGGCGCUGAGGGUGACGAAGCGGUCCCUUUCGAAGACGCGACGGUGCCGACGCCUCCCGUUCAGGUCGAAGUUGCGACAGUGACGAGCGAGACGAACAACCGCGACAACAAGCUCCCCAACACGAACGACAACUUCCAGGCAGAGACCCAGAAGGAGAAGGUCGUUACGCUCGAGGUUGAGCUGUCCGACAAGAUCUAUACCGUCAAGCUCGCAAUCCAGGACAAGGAGGGCAUCCCGCCUGACCAGCAGCGCCUCUUGUUCGGCGGCAAGCAGCUGGAGGACGCCCGCACCCUCGCCGAGUACUGCGUCGCGCGUGAUGCCACGCUGCACCUGCUGCUGCGCCUGCGCGGCGGGGGUGGACCGGCGUCGAGCGGUGACGCGGCGGCGUCGGCGUCGGCUGGACAGGCGGCGGGCAGCUCAAAGCCCUUCUUGGCGCUCUCGACCUCUCCCGGCACGACCGAGGUCUCCUUGCCCGCUCCUGCACGCAAGCCAGUCCCGAUCAAGCCGGGCGACGCGAUCUUCGCGCAGUUCUCCGCCUCGACAUCUCCCACCGUCCACACCGCGCCUGUCCCCUCGUCGAACGUCCCGCCUGCCGACUCUCCUCGCCCCUCCGCGUCGACUGAACCCUAUUUCGCCGCUCUCUCUCCUUCUGCAAGCGGUACUCCCGCGCCUACCGCCUCUUCAUCCACAAAGUCGCCUCCUUCCGCGUCGGCGUCGCCUCCUCCCUCCGUCCCUGCGACCGGCUCCGCGCCCACCCAUACAUGGAUCUACAGCGGCGAGCUCCGUGACGACAGGCCUCUGACGGGAUCCGUUGGCAUUGCGAGGAAAAGGGUCAUGUCGGAUGCUUGCGCAUUGGCGAUUCAACGACGCGAGUUUGACACGAACGCGGAGGACGCCGUCGCCGAGUCGGACCGAAUUUGCGAGGCAGCGGGCGACCUGUUCGACCGCGAGAAUGGCCUGGGACGCUACGGACCCAGCACGUCCUCGGCUCGACCUACUCCCAAGUCUUCCUCAACUCGACCGCCGCCUCCGCCUGUAAGGUCCCAUCCGAAGAAGCGUUGCCGCGUCAGCGACGAGGGCGAGGCUGUCGCAGUCGCCUCAAACGAUGAUUUAUUGGCGGAACCCGCGACGCCCAAGCCGGCGACGAAGGCGGGGAGGCGGACAACGCCGCAGAAGAAGCCGACGCGGCAGAAGAAGUCGGCGAAGCAGGCAGGCAAAGCGAGGGCUCCGACAAGCCCGCUAGCCGACUUGCCGACGACGUCCGCCACGCCGAGCGCCGCCGACUCGUCAAGGCGGAUCGAGUACCAGAACACGGGCAGCUCUCCGGACCCGAGUUCGACGCUCGACAUUGGCAGAAGCGACUUCCUUGCGGCGACUGCACCAGAGGCUGUCACGUCUGAAUCCUCGGAUGUCCUUCUCGGCGCCCUCUUGAACAUUCGCCUCCCUGAAGCUGUUCGCCACGCUGCCCACGAAGAGCUUCUCCGCUCGUCCGAUGGUCGUCUUUACGUCCCGCUUCGCCCGUCGCCCGUCGUCGAGAUGCGACCGUCAAGCCCGAGGAUCCCGUCGCCUCGCCCUCCGUCGCCGUCUAGCUCAGUCGACGUUCCGCUCGCCUCGGUCUUCGUCGCUGUGGAGGAUCCGGACGGCACGCCAAUCGAGGUGAACCUGACUCGUUCGUCGUCGGGUCUGCCUGAUACCGACGGUGUGCAAGGUUUGCGGAAGGAGGCGGAGAAAGAGCUUGCGUCUUGCGUGACUGUUCUCGUCGGCGGAGCAGGUGACGAGUCCGCGGCAAAGUUCGUUCCCGCUCACGGCGCCAUGUCUGUCGCUCAAGCCUGUGACCUCGUCGACUCACUCUUGACCAAGUUGGUGACGCCACCGCCUCGCCCUACGCCUCCUGGCAAGUCAAACCCAGGCUCGGUUCGCCUCUCACCUGAACAGCAAGCCCGACUUCGCAUCGGUCCCAGGCAUCCUCUCGCGCCUCCCGAACUCGACAACAUUCUCGCCGCCUGCGUCGUCAUCUCGACCUUCUACAACGAGUCACUCGACAUAGCGGCGAGCAAGUCCACCGCGCGGUCGCUUCUAGAUCACUUCGACAAGUCGGCAACCGUGCUCCUCUCGCAUAACGAGAAGGACGCCUUGCCGAUCUCGGAGCAGAUCAAGCUCCUCGACCGGCGGCUUUCAACUUCUGCGCUCAUUCUUGCGCAGCAGUUCAGCGCGUAUAUCACGCCGGUUGCGGGUCAGAAUAACGCCGCUAGGCGCGGAAUGCGCAACGGCGCCUAUCUCGACUGGGACGCGCUCUUCCUCAAGAUCCAGCCGCGGCGUCCCGAUCUUGUCCUCGCCCUCGAGCGCGUCCUACCCCGCCUUGCCUCGCGAGAGGGCGAUACGGGCAAAUCUGCCGACUGGCGCUUCAUCGCCAGACGGGACCUCAGCCUGUCGCUGCAAGAAGCGGUCGACCGCGUGGUUGUUAGCCAGCCUGAGGUUGCAUUCCGCGAUGCGGAACAAGCCGACCCUGUCAACCGCAGCCCCGAAGCUGUCUCCUGCCAUCCCGCCUACACCAUACCAAUCUUCAUGCUCGACACGGCAUUCGACGACUUGCUCGAGCAGUUCGAGGCCGAGGCGGGUCUGCGAGGCGAAGUGACGGGGUUCGAACUCAACAUCGAAAAGACGCCGGCGUUUGCAGCGGCUCUGCGAGCGGCGCACCUCGCAGCCAAGUACGAAGUCGAUGGGCACCCGCCAAUCACGACUGGACUCGCUCUCGAAGCGGGACAAGACGCCGUAUCGCCGUUCUAUCAGAACUCGAGCGUUAAUAUCCUUGUGUGGAAACCGUUCGUGCAGGAGUGGUGGAAGCGAAAGGCGAAGCCCAGACUUGACGCCAUUCACCGCAAUGCGCACGCUUCGUCGUCAAACGAGCGAAGCUGGAAGGUCGAGAUCAACUCUGAGCGGCCAGGUCUCAGCGCUAUCCGCAAAGCGACGACGCGACCGAACGACGCUUCCGUUGCUAUCGAGGACGGCAAGAACCUCGCCAAUAUGACGGGACUUUUCAACCUCGCCUCUCAAGCUCGCCUCGCUCCGAAACUCGCUCCCAUGCACGACAAGGAUCAAGUCUGGCGGUGCGAGGCUGAGAACGGCAGCGUAGCCCAGCAAGCCACCUCAAUCCUCGACUACCUCUCCGACAAGAUCGCUUCGCCCAUCGUUCACUAUGCGGCUCGCCAGCCGCCCAUGCGCCGCUUUGACGAAGGCGAGCAAGACUGGACUCGACCGGAACGUGAUGACCUUAUCCACGGCGCAACACGCGGUCAAAACAACGCCGGUGGUCGAUUCAGCUCAAGGUUGGUCUCGCAUUGUGGCCUUCUCGUCAUCCAAACUCAGCUACGACAAGCGACUGGAGCUGCUGAGAUGGAAGAACUUCCUUACGACUUCUCCCACCUUCGACCACCGGUCACACCUCCGUCCGGUGCCAGCGACACGGCCGCUGAGGAUCACCGCAACCUCGCCGACUUGAACCAGCCUUGGCAGCCUUUCGCGACAAUAUCGUCUCAGGCAGACCACCUAAACGACUUCCUCGACUCGCUUGACCCGGCCCUCUUCCUGCAAGUCCGGUCGCUCCUCAAACAGGCAAUCCAUCGACCGACGGCAUCAAAGGGCUUCGGCCAACACUACACCGGUCGCAAUGCGUUAGAUGCCUUUUUCCUCCUCAACUACUUCCUCCGGCUCCUCACGUCUGAGAACCUCAUCGACAAUCAGCAGGCGCAGGACAUACACACCUUCAUGGCUACGUCGCUCUCCCUCGCGGCACUUUCGCCGCGCCCCGCCCUUUUCGCCCCUCUCAUCCCGGUCAUGAUCCACAAGAUGGCGCUUGCGCUGGACGACGAGGCGCAGGCCGGACGUCUCGAAGUUUUGCUCUCGCUACUCGAACAACAGUACAAGGGCGCGCUCCUCGGGCUCCUGCAGCACACGGAUGCCGAUUCCUUUUACAGCGCGACGAUGCAUGACGACAUUACCAAGGUCGCCAUCCUCUUCGACUUGCUCGUCAACGGCGGAACCUGCGCAAGCUGCGGGCGCGCAACCUUUGCGAUGAAGGAGUACCAGCCGACGCGGAGUCGGGAGGAUGAGGAGGAUCGAAGGAGGACACUCUCCUGGACCACGCUCUCAGCCGCGCGUGUGGUGGCAGACGUAGCGACGCUGCAGCAGGUGGUCUACGGCCAAAUUGGAGGAGACGGAUGGGGCUACAGCUUGCUCGGAUGCGCCUACGAUUUCGAGCAGAAGAACAAUCUUUCACUUGCCUCCCGCGCGGCCGACAAAGGCACGACGACCCUCGCCCACAAGCGCUGCAAGGUCGAGCGCGGCAAGACGACCGCAUACAAGGUGCUCAUCGGGGAUGCGGUGGCGCGAGGCGAGGGUGGAGGUGGUGGUGAGGCGGGUGGACGCGACGGCUGA